AUGAAGUUUUUCAAAAAUUAAUAUCUUAUAAUUGUUUUUCUCUUUAACCUAAUAUAUCAAACAAAACAAUAAUACAACAUUAUAUAGUCAGAUAAAGUGUUGAUAAAACUUGAGUAAUAGAUAUGGAAAAGUACUUAAUUAGGCUCAAAUUAAUCUAGAAAUUAUGAUUUUGAUAUAUCUUAAGGCAAGUUUUAAAAUAUCCCCAAAAUUGUUUAUUCUUUAAGCGUCUAUGGCAGUGAUAAUAGCAGUAAUCAAGGAUUUUUACUGACAACUAAUAAUUUAACGAAAACAAAACUUAAUUAUAAUUUAAAAUCUUUAGGAUGUACUAUUGCUUAAUUAGGAUUUAAUAUACUGGCAAUUGAUGAUCCUAACAUUGAUGUUCAAUAUAAGGUGCUUUCUUCUAGCGUAGCUACAACUAUAACAGGAACACAAGAUAUCUUACAAAUUGCUGCUUUUAUUUAUGGAUUUUAAGGAACCGAUUGGAGUAAUUUAAAACUAUAAUAUGCAUUAACUAAAAUUGAUAGCAGAAACUAUAAAAUAUAAUUUACAAAUUCUAAUAUUCCAACUGUUUACUUAAAUAUUGUUAUAAUUUAUUAAAAUUCAUCUACAGAUAUAGAUUAGUUAUACUAAUCUUAUAUGAAUUUUGAUACUUAAGCGAAGAUCUGUUUAUCAAAUUAGUAUUUGAAUCCAUAUACAAAUAAUUGUGAUUAAUCAUAACCUCCUAGUACUUCAUGCUCUUAAAUAACUUUGAAUGGUUCUACAUUUUAUUAUUGCUAGAAAUGUGAUCCAAGUUGUAAAGAAUGCAGUGCACCUGGAAAUUUAAACUCUUGCACAACAUGCGACAUUAAUUCUACAAAUAAAUAUUUUUAUAAUAAUCAGUGCUAACCUUCAUAACCUCCUUAGACAUAUUGUGAUGGUAAUUUUAUUUGUCAUUAAUGCGAUGUUAAUUGUUCUACAUGCUCUGGUUAAAGUAGUAAUUGCUAAAGCUGCUCAGAUAAAGUGUUGAUAAAACCUGAGUAAUAGAUAUGGUAAAGUACUAAAUUAGGUUCAAAUUAAUCUAGAAAUUAUGAUUUUGAUAUAUCCUCAGGCAAGUUUUAAAAUAUCCCCAAAAUUGUUUAUUCUUUAAGUGUCUAUAAUUGUGAUAAUAACAGAUGUACUAUUCAUUAAUUAGGAUUUAAUAUUCUUGCAAUUGAUGAUCCUAACAUAGAGGUUCAAUAAAAGGUGCUUUCUUCUAGCAUAGCUACAACUAUAACAGGAACACAAGAUAUCUUACAAAUUGCUGCUUUUAUUUAUGGAUUUUAAGGAACUAAUGAUAGUAAUUUAAAAUUAUAAUAUGCACUAACUAAAAUUGAUAGCAGAAACUAUAAAAUAUAAUUUACAAAUUCUAAUAUUCCAACUGUUUACUUAAACAUUGUUAUAAUUUAUUAAAAUUCAUCUACAGAUAUAGAUUAGUUAUACUAAUCUUAUAUGAAUUUUGAUACUUAAGGUAAGAAUAUUGGUGGAGAUAAUACAGUAUCAUGGGAAACUUCUGCUUAAAUAGACAAUUCUCCAGUUUUUUUUGGCUUAAAAGAUUUUAGUAUAUCAUCUUAUUAUAGUUAUUUUGGAAUAAAAAUUAAGAGUGGAUAAGCUCCUGAAGCAAAAAAUAAAUAAGUAGUUUUAAAUUAUUUUGCAUGGAAUGGGUAACCAGUGAAUAUGAUAAAUGGUAUUUGGAUGGCUUUUACUCUUAAAACAUGUUAAAGCGGAUAUACAAUGUUUUUAAAUUCAACCUACAAUGCUUGUGUUCAAUCUUGUAAUUCUGUGGAUCAUCACUACAAUACCAAUCCUGCAAAUACUAAACUUCUCUAUUCAACUACUAUAACUAUAUGUUAAAAAUGUAAUGAUAAUUGCUAUGGCUGCAAAGAGGGCUUUCCAAAUUUUUGCAUUGACUGCCUAAGUAAUAUGUAUUUGAAUCCUUUCACAAACACUUGUGACUAAUAAAAGCCUGCAAAUACUUCUUGCUAAGCUUAAACAGUGAAUAAUUAAAUAUUCUAAAAUUGCUAAAAAUGUGACCCAACAUGUAAAGAAUGCAACUCUGCUAAUAACCCCAAAUCUUGCACAUCUUGCGAUAUAAACUCUUCAAAUAAAUAUUAUUACUAAAAUUAAUGUUUAUCUUCAUAACCAUCUUCAACAUUUUGUGAUAGCAAUUUCAUUUGCUAAAACUGCGAUCCUUAUUGUGAUACUUGCUCUAAUUCUAGUAAUAACUGCUAAAGCUGUAAAGCUAAUAGCUAUUAAUAUUAAAAUAAUUGCUUAGCGAAGAUCUGUUUAUCAAAUUAGUAUUUGAAUCCAUUUACAAAUAAUUGUGAUUAAUCAUAACCUCCUAUUACUUCAUGCUCUUAAAUAACUUUGAAUGGUUCUACAUUUUAUUAUUGCUAGAAAUGUGAUCCAAGUUGUAAAGAAUGCAGUGUACCUGGAAAUUCAAACUCUUGCACAUCAUGCGACAUUAAUUCUACAAAUAAAUAUUUUUAUAAUAAUCAGUGCUAACCUUCAUAACCUCCUUAGACAUAUUGUGAUGGUAAUUUUAUUUGUCAUUAAUGCGAUGUUAAUUGUUCUACAUGCUCUGGUUAAAGUAGUAAUUGCUAAAGUUGUGUAACAGGUAAAUACUACUAUUAAGGUAAAUGCUUGUCUUCUAAACCCCCUUUGGCUUAUUGUAUGAAGUACUGA